AUGGCACCUCCUCCGCAACCAGAUCUGCCUCAUCCUGCCCAUCUUGAUCGCGAUUCUGCUCUCGGUCGAAAAUUCGGUAAAGAAGUGACAAAUUAUUUUGGAGGCUCGCCAUUGAAUAGAUUGUCGUUCCUUCGCGAAGACCAUUCCUUUCUGGCCGGCGCAUUCGCUCACCCCUCCACCAAAUUCCUGGUUUUCAAGACUUUAUCGCCGUUGAUAAAAUCCCCGACCGAGAUCCACUAUGCGACGUACGACGAGAUCAAAUCGCUGAUCCCAAAUAACCCUUUUGAAAAGUCGGAAAAGGAAAUGAUAGACGAAUUUGACUCCAGGACAGACAUCCCGCAAUUAGUUUUCCUUGGUAUGGACGAAGGUGUAAAGGAUGGUGGUUAUGCGUUCAAGAAUUUCCUGGGGGCUCCUCAUUUUGCGCUUGAUAUAACACCAAAGAAGACCUUUGAGAAGAAGGCGACAGAGUUGACGGAGGAAUUUCUCGCUUCAGGUUUGAAGUUUAGUGAUGGAAUGCGGGCGAUGAGUUUCCCCGCUGAUGUCGCCGCCGAAUACGCUCAAGGACGCCACUACCUCGAUUGGAAUUUCCGAAACACAUUCUGCGGAACAUGUGGUCAUAAAACAUUGUCGGUCCACGGAGGAAGUAAGCGCGUAUGUCCACCGAAGGAUCAAGCCCAAACACCGCCCGAACGCGAACCAUGCUCGACUCGCACGUCACUGUCGAACCUAACAUUUCCCCGCACAGAUCCCACGAUCAUCGUCGCAGUCCUCAGUCACGACAGCAAACGCUUACUUCUCGGCCGCCAAAAACGGUGGCCACCCUACUGGUAUUCUACGCUAGCGGGCUUUGUCGAACCCGCAGAAAGCGUCGAGGAUGCCGUUCGCCGCGAAGUCUGGGAGGAAUCCGGCGUCGUUUUAUCCAGAGUUCUCAUCCACUCGACGCAACCUUGGCCAUAUCCUGCGAACUUGAUGAUCGGCGCCAUUGCACAAGCCGCGAGCCCCGAAGACGAGACCAUAAGGUUGGAGUAUGAUCCCGAAUUAGAGGUGGCGAAAUGGUUUACUUUGGAAGAGGUGCAGGAAGGCCUUAAAUAUGGGACGAGCGGACUGGGCGAUCCGGCACCAGAGGGCUAUAAAGAGGGAAAUCUGAGGCUGCCUCCCCCGACUGCUAUUGCAAAUCAAUUGAUUACAGCGGUGGUGAAGGGCGGGUUUUUGGAGGGUGUCACGCCGUUGGCAACGAGCAAUAAACUGUAA